GCCACAAUGUAAAUCGCAAGGGUUAGCGAUUGCUGAAAUAUUCCAUAGAUCACCAACAGUAUUUCAGCAGCAUAUCAUUGCGGAACAUCUUCGAAAGUGUAUUAUCGACUCCAUUCUACGUGUGGACCAAAUAUGGCAGUCGUAAAGCAACGCGCCUCUUGUUUGGAGCCACCCCGGAUUUGCGCUACCACAUGCUUUGCUAUCUUUACUGGCUGUCAUUCUAGAAGCAUUUCUUUUCUGAAGGCACAUCUUAGGAUUGCGAUGACAGACACGACCGCCAGAAUUGCCAGCUACAGAAUUAAGCAGCUUCCUCUGAUGAUCUUCAAUAUCGUUUGGUAAUUUUUCUUCGACAUAGUAUUUCUCGGGAGGGUCAGCAAAACGUUUGUAAUUUCCAAUUGUUCGACG